AUGCCCCUUUUCAGCUGGAUGAAAUGGUCCCAUGAAACAAAAGUGCAGGCUCAAGAAGAAGUGGCACCUCCAAAGACCUCGGUGGUCGUACCCAGUCGCGUGUUGAUCAGAGAGCUCCUCUGGCAUGUGGAGGAGCGCGAGCGGUUGGUGAGGGAACUGGAUCGAGAGCAUAGGCUGACCCACAGCGCCCUGGGUCUCCAUUGGUUUCAAAAGUACCCCAGGUUACGGACCCUCAUCCCCACAUCAGAGCUACACCAGCUGGAGUUUCUGUGUGCCCAGAUUCCACCCAUCGACGCAGCCAUCGUGCUCUCAAGGUUUCGUGAGGUGCUUGCCACUAACAACGUUAGGCCCUGGGAGCUGGCUUUUGUCUUCAAGCAGGUGCUGAGGGAUUUCUUGAGCCAAAAGGAGCAUGAAGAGGGGAACUUCUUAGUGCAGGCAGUAGAGCUCCGACCAAUGGACGCUUGGACCAGCUGCUACAUAAUGAAGCAGGGCUUCGUCACACCAAUUGUCCCCAACUGUGGAAACAACCUGAGGGAGGAGAUCCCAACAAUCUCUGGAUAUGUGGAUCGAGCCAUGCGGCACUCCAGCUCGUUCUCAGGGCCCAACAGAGACUGGGACCUCCCAGUUCCUCUCAGGGCCACAGGAACGUACAGCACUACACUGUGA